AUGCUCCGCGUCCGCGUCCGCGUCCGCCGCCAAAUCGACGCAGAGACAAAGUCCAGCUUUCCUGCGACCCUUGCAGACACCGAAAACCCUGGCACCCUAGAGGUGCGUGAGUCUGGGACCAGCUAUGUCCAGAGUGUCCAUUGGGAGGCCGUUCUUACCAAGAUCAGAGGACUCAAGGAGGACUUGGUCAUUGACAGCAAGACUCCGCCUGGUUCACAAUUAUUCUAUGGCCCGAAUCGUCAUGCAACUCGAGAUGAGAUCCUGGCUGCUGUUCCUCCUCGUCCAGUCGUUGACCGCCUUAUGGCCCUUCACUUUGAUUCCUACAUCAUCACUCCGUAUCUUAUCCAUGGCAAGAAGUUUCUACGAGAGUACGAAACUUUCUGGGAAGAUCCGUCUACAACUUCCAUUGCGUGGAUCGGUCUCAUGUUCUCUAUGUUAUAUAUUGCUGCGCAGUUGCAGACCUUCGCUAUCGACUUCCCCGACGGACGAGCCGAAUCGCUCAAGGCGGAAUAUCUCACCAUGAAGGAUGGCUUCCGGGAGAAGGCCGUUCAGUGUCUUAUUCUGGCCAGGUAUACAACGGGAGGACCAUAUAUCCUGGAAACCCUCAUAACGGUCCUUACCGGAGAGUUCAUACUCUUGAAAGAUGGCGCUACCGAUGGCUGGCUUUCGAUCGGUAUGAUACUUCAUCUUGCAAUGCGCAUGGGCUAUCAUCGGGACCCAGAUCACUUUCCUGGAAUAUCUCCAUUCGAGUGUGAGAUGCGCAGACGCAUCUGGACUACAAUCCUUCAAUUGGAUCUCGUCAUCUCCUUAGAGAUGGGCCUUCCUCGAAGUGCCACAGAUACGCACAUUGAUACAAAAUCGCCCCGUAAUCUACGCGACUGUGAUUUUGACGAGGACACGACCGAGAUGCCUCCGCCGAGGCCAGAAACAGAAUGGACGCCGGUACUCCCUCUUAUUGCAAGAGGGCGACUGAUAACAGCUCUCGGCUUAAUUUGCGACCUCAACACCGAUAUUAAUCCUCCUUCCUACGACGAGGUCGCCAAGAUCGACGCACUUCUCGAAGACGUGCACAAUCGUGCUAUUCCGCCCGUGCUGCGCUGGGAAACUAUGCCACACCCCAUCACGGAUAGCCCAACCGUUGUGGUCCAGCGGGUAAGUAUAGAAACGACCUACCGCAAAUCACGCAUUCUCCUGUACCGGAGAGCUUUGAUCAGCUAUCCAAUUCGACACCCUCAAGAGCAGGACAGGGAGUCGGUACGAAUUUGUUUGGAUUCCGCACUCAAGAUUCUAUCCUUUCAACAGAUGCUUCACGAAGAGUCUCAGCCAUUUGGUCGUCUGUGUCAGCUCAGAUGGAAGGUCACGCGUAUUUUCAAUCAGGAUGUUCUCCUCGCGACGAGCGUGCUCUGCCUCUACCUCCAAGACGUCGAUAAAUUUGAGACUGCAGGACAGACAGCUAGGGCUGAAGAGAUACGACAGCAGUUAACCAUCUCGCACAAAAUUUGGCUUCAGAUGAGUACGACAUCUGCGGAAGCUGGGAAAGUGGCGAAAGCUCUGAGUAUCGUCCUUGGAACUACAGGAGCGUCUGCCGAGGACGAUAGCGGGCCCGGUUCUUACGACUUUCUGUCGGAUCUUGAUGCCAUACCUCUGAAUGAAUUUGGCGGAACGUUCAACAAUCAAUACCUGGCAGAUUUCACUUCGAGUUUUUACUCUCCUCUUACCUUUUUCGAUAAUGUACUGGAAACUCGGGGGAUAUGA